AUGUAUUAUAGUGUGCUGUGGCGAGUAUCGCUGUGUAUCAACCUUAAAUUCCCUCCGAUAUUUAAAUUCGGAGCCGCCACGUCAUCAUAUCAAAUCGAAGGAGGCUGGGACGCUGAUGGUAAAGGUGAAAAUGUAUGGGAUAGAUUGGUGCACAGUAAUCCGGAAUUAUUUAGCAAAAAUGCAACGGGUGAUAUUGCGGCCGAUUCCUUCCACAAAUGGCGCGAAGAUGUUAAAAUUGCAGCCGAACUGGGUCUACAGUUUUAUCGAUUUUCCAUAAACUGGGCUCGCAUACUCCCAACUGGUUUUCCCAAUAAGAUCAACAAAGCUGGAGCGAAAUAUUACAGCGACCUCAUCGAUGCCCUCCUCGAUGAGGGCAUUGAACCGGUUAUAACGUUGUACCACUGGGAAUUGCCAGUGAAAAUUCAAGAUCUGGGUGGAUGGACAAAUCCUCUGAUUGUUAACUGGUUCGGAGACUAUGCGAGGGUCGUGUACUCUCUGUACGCUGAUCGCAUCAAGACUUGGCUGACCAUAAACGAAGCAAUCGUCGUAUGCGAUUAUGGAUACAAUACUGGAGUAUUUGCACCGAAGGUCAAGGAGCAAAUAUUUGCUCCAAAUUUGUGCAAUAAACAUGCAUUGUUAGCUCACGCUAAGGCUUAUCGGAUAUACGAGACGGAGUUUAGGUCGAAGUUUAAUGGAAGAAUAUCCCUCGCGAACAACUUAAUAUGGAUAGAACCUCGUACGCCUAAAGACGAGGAACUAGCCAAGCUGGGCAGAGAAUACAUGGUGGGUCGGUUUGCUCAUGCAAUAUUUUCCAAAAAUGGCGGCUGGCCACCUUCUAUUGAGAAGGUUAUGUUAGAAAAAAGUCUAGCGCAAGGGUUUACUCACUCCAGGCUUCCUGCCUUCACUGAAGAGGAAAAGGAAUUCAUCAAAGGAACAGCUGAUUUCUUAGCCAUGAACUAUUACACCACGUACACGAUCAGACCGGGGAAGAAAAGAGAAAUUACAGAACAUAUGUUCUUAAAAUCAAUACCCGACCUGGACGCGGUACUGGAGCCACCACCCAAUUCGUAUUAUGGAGUAUCCAGGAUAAUGCCGAUAUACCCUCAAGGCAUCAGGCGGCAGAUGGUGUGGUUGAAGAAACAGUAUGGUAACAUUGACAUCGUGAUCACGGAGAACGGUUAUUCCUCUAGAGGGCAGCUCGAUGACUAUAAUAGGAUUGACUACUACGAGAAGCACUUGGAACAGGUACAUUUAGCAAUGGAAGUCGACAAAAUAAAUAUUACGGGAUACGCGGUGUGGUCACUCAUUGACAACUUCGAGUGGUUAGACGGAUAUUCGUCAAAAUUUGGUAUAUACGAUGUCGACUUCGAAGAUCCUGGUCGUAGAAGAACACCUCGGGCUUCAGCACAUUUCUACGCAUGCGUAAUCAAAACCCGGGCACUUAAUAAUACUUGUUUGGAUAAGGACUUACUCGCUGAGACUCGGAGCGCCAAGCGAAGAAAUUCACGAAACAAAGCCGAAACUUUUGGAAGUGGCGUUUAUUUUGUAUUAAUCUUGUCGCUUGUGAAAUUUAUUUUGUUUUAUUAA